AUGGAGCCUAACAUAGGGCAAGCCCUGGCCGCUGUCCUCACGCUGCUGGUGACCACGAGAGCACUGUGGUAUCUGCUCUGGAGGCCGUAUGCCAUAGCCAGGUGGUUCGGGCGGCAGGGCAUUAGAGGUCCGCCUUACAAAUUCCUGGUUGGGUCCCUGCCGGAGUGCCAAAGGAUGGUUGUUGCCGGGAGAGCCAAGGAUCUGGACACCAGCUCCCACGACUGCGUCACUACGGUGCAACCCUUCUUCCGUAAAUGGGCCUCCCUGUAUGGAAAAACAUUCCUGUACUGGCUGGGACCGACACCAGCACUGUGUUGUACAGACAUGGAGCUGGUGAAGAAAGUGUUAACCGACAGGACAGACAUGUUCCAAAAGGACUAUUUGAACCCAAGCUUGGAUCCAGUUCUGGGGAACGGGGUCGUGUUCGCAAACGGAGACGACUGGAAGCGGCGCCGCAAAUUCAUCCACCCUGCUUUCAACCAAGGGACGAUCAAGGCCAUGUCAGAAAUAACGUUGGAGUGCACACAGCGGACAAUGGAACGGUGGCGCGCAAAAAUUCAAGAGAGCAGCAGGCAGCAGACCGAGAUAGACAUGAGUCACGACUCUGACGAAAUAGCCAUGAGUGUCAUUGCACGAAUGAUGUUGGGCAAGAACUACAAGGAGGCCUGGGAGGUGCUGGUCGCCGGUAAAGAGCAGUUGAAGCUUGCCACAUAUGCUUUUGCGGAUCCUCCGGUAACUGGAUUCAAGUACCUGCCGACACCUCGCAACCGUCGGACGUGGCAACUUGACAAGCUUGUGAGAAGCAAGAUCUCACGGAUCAUAGAGGCACGACUUGGUAGCAGCAUCUACGAAGACGACCUGCUGGGGCAGAUGCUGCAGCUGCAGGCAUGUAGCAAGACCCAGACUCUGAGCACCGAGGAAAUGGUCGGCGAGUGCAGGACCUUCUUCGCGGCUGGGUACGAUACCAGCGCCAGCCUCAUUACCUGGGCGAUGUUCCUGCUGGCCAGCUACCCACAGUGGCAGGAGAUGGUCAGGGAGGAGGUCGUCCGGGAAUAUCCUGCUCACCACCUGCCCUUAGUUGAUUCCCCUGGCAAACUGAAGCUGCUUAACAUGUUGCUCUUGGAGACACUGAGGCUCUAUGGCCCCAUAGCUUUCCUACAGAGGAAGACUUCCUCAGACACCACCCUCGCGCACAUGAAGGUGCUGAAAGGAACUAUGAUAACAAUACCGUUGGUGAUGUUGCACCGGGACAAAGAUGUCUGGGGGCCUGACGCUGACAUGUUUAACCCCAUGAGGUUCCAGAAUGGCUUCUUGAAGGCCGCCAAGCAUUCGCACGCGCUGUUGGCCUUCUCAUGCGGUCCUAGGGUCUGUGCUGGGCAGAAUUUCGCCAUGGUUGAGGUGCAGAUCGUGAUAGCCACCAUCCUGAAGAGUUUCUCCUUCUCCCUGUCCCCUACUUAUGUGCACAAGCCCAGCAAUUUCAUCACUCUGACGCCCAGGUACGGGCUCCCUCUCAUCGUGAGGAAACUGCAGCAGGCUGUGUGA